AUGUUGCUCCCGUUGACCUGCGCCUUUUAUCGCGAAUCGCUCCCUGCACCUGCCGACACUGGGAUCGCCUUUGCGCUCCUGUUUCGGUUCGCCGCCGCGCUGCCUGCUUUCAUUUACCAAUGCCCGACUAAUACCGAAGUCAAUGCCUUCUAUGCCAACGAUGUCACGGCAUUCAGCCAGCAGCUCGCCACCCUAUUCCAGUUCACAGCGAAGCCUCCCAUAUUCGUGCUUUAUGAGCUCAGCAACCUUGUCGUCGAGACACUUGGCGAGCGCUUCCCCUUCCUGGAUGAUGAAAGCGCGCAAACAGAACGACUAUUACUACUAACCCGCAACUUACCAAACAACGCGAAACUGGAGCUCCUACAACAAGACACAUGGCAGACCACACUAAUAUGCCUAAACAUCCUAAUCGACACCCACCUGCCACUCUUCCGUGCCCGCUGGUCAGACGCAGCCUUCAACUCGUUCGCGACCAGCUUCUCACACACCCUGACAUGCAGCGCCACCCUCACGCCCCCGCUCCUCCCCACCCCCGACCUCAAUCCCCUCGAUUGCAUGGACUACUUUCUCUUCGACGUGGCCCCCACCGCCACCGGCCGCGCCGCCCCCACCGCCUCCACCCUCGACUACGACUCGGACUCCUCUGACGACUCGGACAUCUUCCUCCCCACCGGCCCCCGCAUCCCGCUCUCCGCUUUCUGCCUCCCCAUCCCCGCUCACUCCCCCCUCAUGGCCGACGCGUGCGCCAUCUGCGCCGCGCCCGUGGCCACGCUGCCGCCCGGCGACGAGGCCGCGGUCACCGCCUGCGGCCACGCUUUCCACGCUGAGUGUCUGGCGUCGUGGGUCAAUGACGCGGCGGCCGCGAACUCAAAUACGUGUCCGGCGUGUCGUGCGGUGAUGUGCAAGGCUAGGGAAAGGGUGCUGGUGCAUCGGUUUGAGGAGGCGGACGAGCGGGAGAUAGAGUUGUUGCGGUAUGUGAGGGAGGCGCAGGGAUGGGAGCUGGGGGUUGGGAGAAGUCGUUAA